AUGCUGAAUGUGCUGUGGGCGGAAACGAUGGCGCAGUCGGAGCAUGAGUGGUUCUUGACCGCAAAUCAAAAGUUGGAUAUCUACGAGCGGCUUGUUUUAAAAUCUUGUCGGCGAUCCGCUUCCUCACCAUCAAAAUCAUUCUCAAAAGCGUUUUUGCACGCCUUCACUCUCGCAACCACAAUCGGCUUUUUGGAUGAGGAAAAUUUUUCACCGGCUGGCAAAUUAGCCGCCAUGGUCUACGCGAUUAUUGGCAUCCCGCUGGCGCUGCUCUAUCUUGGUCAGUGUUCAAAAAUGUUCGCUGGUCUCAUUUCCGGUAAUAACAUACUUGUCGUAGCGUUAGCGACCAUUUUCACUGCGACAGUGCUUUUUGAUAUUGUCGAAAAAUCGGACGAUGAUACGGAGUACCUGCACCGACCAUAG